AUGGCAAGAACUAAAAGGGCGCCACGUAAAAGCGCCACUCCUACUAAAGGUGCUGCUGCAAGGCCGCAGCCACGAUCAAGACCAUCAACUACCAAACGGAGAUAUCGUCCUGGGGAUGUCGCGCUCAAGGAAAUUCGGCAAUACCAAAAGUCUACUGACUUGCUUAUACGAAAACUUCCCUUUGCUAGACUGGUGAGAGAAAUAGCUCAAGAAUAUGUGACUGGUGGCGCUCUCGAUGGCGAGCUGCGAUUCCAGUCACAUGCCCUAAUGGCAUUGCAGGAAGCUGCUGAAGCAUACAUGGUUCACCUGUUUGAAGAUUCGAACUUGUGUGCAGUGCACGCCAAGCGUGUUACUCUCAUGCAAAAGGACAUGCAACUCGCUCGCCGUAUUCGUGGACCACUGUUUGAUGUCGCUGCCCUCGUUAUUGACAACGGUUCCGGUAUGUGCAAGGCCGGUUUCGCUGGUGAUGACGCACCCCGUGCUGUCUUCCCAUCCAUUGUCGGUCGUCCCCGUCACCAAGGUAUCAUGGUCGGUAUGGGCCAAAAGGACUCGUACGUCGGUGAUGAAGCUCAAUCCAAGCGAGGUAUCCUGACCUUGAAAUACCCAAUUGAACACGGUAUCGUUACCAACUGGGACGACAUGGAAAAGAUCUGGCAUCACACCUUCUACAACGAAUUGCGUGUCGCUCCAGAAGAGCACCCAGUUUUAUUGACUGAAGCCCCACUCAACCCAAAGGCUAACCGUGAAAAGAUGACCCAAAUCAUGUUUGAAACAUUCAACACCCCAGCCUUCUACGUUGCCAUCCAAGCCGUAUUGUCAUUGUAUGCAUCUGGUCGUACUACUGGUAUCGUAUUGGAUUCUGGUGAUGGUGUUACCCACACUGUACCAAUCUAUGAAGGUUAUGCUCUUCCCCACGCCAUCCUCCGUCUGGACUUGGCUGGUCGUGACUUGACCGACUACUUGAUGAAGAUCCUCACCGAACGAGGCUACUCAUUCACCACCACUGCCGAACGUGAAAUCGUUCGUGACAUCAAAGAGAAGCUCUGUUACGUCGCCUUGGACUUUGAGCAAGAAAUGACCACUGCUGCUCAAUCCUCUGCUUUGGAAAAGAGCUACGAAUUGCCCGAUGGACAAGUCAUCACCAUCGGAAACGAACGAUUCCGUGCUCCUGAAGCUCUCUUCCAACCUUCAUUCUUGGGUUUGGAAGCUGCUGGUAUCCACGAAACAACAUACAACUCUAUCAUGAAGUGUGAUGUUGAUAUUCGUAAGGACUUGUACGGAAACAUUGUCUUGUCUGGUGGUACCACCAUGUACCCUGGCAUUGCUGACCGUAUGCAACGAGAAAUCACUGCUCUUGCUCCUUCAUCCAUGAAGAUCAAGAUCGUUGCUCCCCCAGAACGAAAGUACUCUGUCUGGAUCGGUGGUUCCAUCUUGGCUUCGUUGUCCACCUUCCAACAGAUGUGGAUCUCCAAACAAGAAUAUGAUGAAUCUGGUCCAUCAAUUGUCCACCGAAAAUGCUUCUAA